ACAGAGAAAACAACAUUUUAUUAUUCAGUGUCACUACAAAGCACAGAGAUGAAAGGCAAAACUGAGAAAAAUUCUAAAGCACGUAAACGGUCAAAAAUCCAUAUAUAUAAAAAAUAUAAAUAUAAAGGAAAUCGUGAAGUCAGUGUAACUUGGAGAAGGAAAAAUCAUCAAACUGGCUUAACAAUUCAAGUUCGCUAUUAUGCGAAAUUCAAGUUAGGCUCUAUAGAGAACUGGAUCGGGUGGAAUUUACUUAAACGUCGGAACUAUAUUUUGAACGAAUCGGAAGACCUUGGCUCCGAUGAAAAGCAAGAAGAAUGUAUUAAAGAAAAGCCUGAACGGGAUGCGGUCGUCAUGAAUACCGAGAAAAUACCCAAGCAGGAGAUAAAUAUGCCAAACCCAGUUUCAGUCAAUGUUGAGGCAUCCAACUGGUCGAUUUCCAGUAUAAUUGAAUUGAUGCAGAAUAAAGAAGAUUGGAAUGCUACUAGGGGUGGUCGGAACGUUUCACCGGCGGACAAAUGAUUUUCCCGAAAAGUAAAAUUCCGGAUGAUGUGAACACGAUAAUGAACGUAGCUGAAAAAUCAAAAUAAAAAUCAAAAUCCAAUAAUUCCCAAGAAUGAAAAUUGGGAUGUCACUCAAGGUGACAAUAUGUUGGAAAAAUGUAAAAAUGUUCAUCUAUAUUGUUCAAAUAUAUUAUAUAUCAUCUUA